GGAGGGGAAUCGUACAUGUCGCCGACGUUGGCGGAACGUGAGCGCGAAACACUUCAGUCGUGCGCGAUCCGUUGAACGAGCACCACGUGGUUCGGUGUUGUUGGCGGUCACUCCGAAACAACGAGCGGGGUUUGUUAUCCCGCAGUUCUCACGACGUGCUGGCGAACGUGUCGUUUGUUGACAACCGAGUGAUUUCAAGUUGAGCAAAAGUGCCUCCAAAAGUACGUAACGUUUCAUCUCGGUGAAUGUCGCGUGUGUGAGCUUUGGUCGGGGACCUGCUCGUUACGAUCUCUUUACAUAAUUCGAGGUGUUAACGCGUCCGGUCAAUUCUUCGAGCCAGGUCAAUACAUAAGAUACUUAAUGCGAUUAAACACGGCGAAUAAAUAACACCGCCGCCGGUGGCAUCUGGAAACCGUGUCGGGGUACUUUUCGAUUUUUUUUUUAAUUUAUUUUGCUUUCCUUAGAAAAUCAUUCGAAGGGAAGGAGACAUUUCUACACAUCCUCUGAUCUGCCUUUCAAGGGUUUGUUUCGCGCACCUUUCUUCUCCUUCGCGCCUGCUCUCAUGUACGCAUCAUUUAUUUUUCGCUACAUUCGCCGUGCAUUCAUCGACAACGACAGGCGAGUUCCGUUUCUUUUGUUGGCAUUGCGAAACACCAUGGUCGUUGUUUGCGCUGCAUCGAAAAGUGCGCGAAGCUGCAUCGAAGGAUUACGAAGCUACGCUUGAAACGAGGUGAUUGACCGUCCUACUAAAUUUGGGAGAAUGCGGGUCUUCGUAACUUGUCUUGCUUCCGGUUCGGCCACACUUUCGUGCUCUCUUCGAAUUUAUCUGUGGAGUUUUCUACUUUGUUUUGAGAUUCAAUCGUGUCGAAGUGCAAGCAGGGUCAAAGGUGUUUCGUUCUUUUUAUCGGCGUAUUUAAAAGCCCGUUACGUUAGCGUAAUUCCCCUCCUCAACCUCCUAAAAGAAAACGUUUACGAAGUAACGACGAGCGAAUUUACACUGACGAGUUAUCACCUGAGAUCCUUUGUUUACCGUCUCAUUUUGUAACGUGACGUUCGAGAGAGAGAGAGAGAGAGAGAACUCGGAACAACACAAUAGUGACGUAACACCAUCUCUUUCAGGAUCCGAGAAACUUGAAAGAUAUUUUAAAGAGUACAAUUCUCAAUCCGGUUGUUUUGAUUUAUCGAGACUGAUUCAAUUUUCCCAGCGCGAAACUGACUUGCAAAUUUUCGCAUAUCAGAUUAUAUUCGACUUAUUCUCUCAGUUUUUCCUGAUAUUCGCAUUAAAUUAAUGCGCAAUACUCUUUGUUCGCAACGGCGGAUCUCGCGGUUUAUCUCAAUCAGGAGAGAGCGGAAGGUGCGAAGACUUCCCUAUUUGCAAAAAUAUUCCGUUGGGAUUAGAAAGAGGAAGCGGUUACUUAACUGCGCUGUUGAAUACAUCUAAGAAAAACAGUGUCACCCAGUAGUUUCUAGAUUAUGUAGUAACGCGUCAUUAUAAGAAGGAGGGGUCACGAGCAUUUUCCCCGCGAUUACGAGCUCGCUGGUGCAGAAGAAAGGUCGGAUUUAUCGUGCGAAUAAUCGACCUCGGAGAUAACGCGAUUCAGAAUUUGCGAUCCGAAAUUUACGCGCACGCGGACGAGUCCAGCCAAGUCUUUCGUUCAGGAUUGCUUUCAGGACCCAUCAUAAGCGAUCACGUUUUCCGGAGCUGCGCGUUCCAACGCGACACGAUCUCGCUCCAUGGUGCGUAUGUUCGCGGAGUAGUGUCACAUCGAGAGGAUAAACAAGAAAGGAGCCCGUUUGAGCCGGGCCGUGGGUGAGCGAGCGAGCGAGUGAGUCACCCUCGUCAAAGAUCCGAGGAUGAAAUUCCUCGCCGCUUGGACGCUGACGGCGUUGGCCGUGGUGGCUUUCGCCGCGAUCAAGAAUGACGCGUCGACGGUCGACAGGCUGCGGCAGGAGCUGCUGCGCCUGGAGCAGCAGCUCGCGAGAAACCUGGCCGACUCCAAGUGGACGAACGUCGACGAGCAACAGAAGUAUCUGUACAUCAUCAGAGCGUACAAGAAGUUCGGCAAUCACGUGGACGAGCUCUAUCCAUUGAACCGGCCGAAUUACCUGCAAGCCUUGGACUCCCUGUGGCUCUGGGCGCGCGCCCAGGCCGAGUCCAAGGGCGUAAACGGCCUCUACCAGGUGUUCCGGCAGAUGCAGCGCGAGAUCGUCGAUCUGAGCAUGCCGAUGAUCCCGAAACAGCUGGCGAACUUUGCGGAGACGAUCCUGCGGGAUCCGAACGCCUCGAUACCGCGCUCGCUCGAUCGUAUCGCGAGUCUCAUCGUCCACGAGAACCUUUUCAUCGCGGCUUACAAGCAAAUGUCGAACCAGAUGUGCACCGAUGUGCAAUCGCCGCAGCAGAUAUUGUACAAUUUGUACAACACGGUGGCGUUAACGGAGAUCAAGGGCUACACAAUGAUGCAGUUUUCUUACAUGAUACUACGUUUAUACAACGAAGGCAAAAAUUUCAACGAGGAGAUCGAGACGCUGAAGCAGCAAUACGAGAUUAGGACGUCCGAGACAUUGAGAGCCGUUAAGACGGCGAUGGCCUUUGCCCCGAGAAGUGUCUGGAAGUGCGAUCCUUCCGUGCACAAAUUAGACGAAACCUACACCGAGCUGAAGCAGUUGUUCCAAGGGUACAUCGUAAACGAGGUGGACUUGAACGGCGACGGCACGUGUAAGGAGAACUGCGCCUACUACGGAUAUACCAAGGUGUACGGUUGCUAUCAGAAUCAAUUUUGCUCGCAACAACGCCGGUGCAACGGCAAGAUAUUGAAUUGCGAGUACAUCGAUUCCGACAUGUGGAUCUGCCUGUCGAACAGGAACAGCAGUAGAAGAUAUGAGUACAUCCAGUACGAGAACGGCAUGAUGUACGGUAACAAAAACACUUGUUCUAGAGGCACGACAAAAGUCGAUAGCUGGUGGCGGUGGCUAUUCUGGCAUUGCAGCUAUUGCUUUUGCUAUUGUGAUGAUCAAAACACCAGCUCCCACCGAUACUUCAGUCUCAGAACUGUAAAGUCCGAUAUAUCGAAUAAUAAAGUCAUAACUGGGGCGAGGCUGAAGAAGGUAGACCAGAUUAUUCACAUACAAAUCCAGGAAGGCCAAUUACUUCCACGUGGAGGGCUCAAUAUGUCCAGCAUCAAGUGGAUACCAAUCGACAAGUUCUCGACCAUGAACUCUAACGUCCAAAACGGCGUGGACUAUCACAAACUCGUGUGGGAGAAACGAGCCUUGGAUCUCGAUGACUUACUGCCACCGGAGGGUCAUCUCUUGACUGGCAUUCGGUUCCGCAUGAUCGGUAGCCGUUUGAAUUUGGAAAUCAUGGCGACGCCAUUCAACUUUUCGACCGGAUUGUUAGACGAGCCCGAGAAGAAGAGUUUCUGGCACAGUAACGACAUGACCGACAGAACUGAGCUGAAACUAAGCGAGCCGGAUGUGCCGAUUCGCGAUUCCGAAAAUCUGCCGGACUCCGGGACGAACCAAUACCUGAAUUUCGCACCCAGCGACCGACGUAAGGACGCUGCGCAGAGCACCGUACCGUUCCUAGACGUGCAACCGAUCACGCCGAGUCCGCCGAUACUGAUUGCGGGCGCCGGUAUCUUUCACAAGGGACGCAAGGGCUCAGGCGGUUUCGUCGCCUUGCGACUCAUCACCUACGACUUCACGCCGCACUUGCAGGUCGACCUGCCGCCAGCACCGCCUCUCCUCGAAACCCCGAACGAAAUCAGAGCCCAGAGAAAAUAGCACAUUAUCAAUUACUCCUCCCCUUCUCGCAAGGUGGGAUCUUCUAAAUCACUUAGAUUAUGAAAGAACCUGUGAUCUACCGAGGACCUCAAUGUCGAGGUGGAUACGUACAUUUAUGUUCUAUAUAUGUUAAAUAUGUAAUUGCGUGUAAGUAGAUGAAUAGGACAAGCAACCGUAAGUUUCGCUCUAACGCGCGUAUUAAACUCGCCGUCGUUCACCGGUGUAUCGUGUGCCAAAUCGAUAGUGUAAUGACACCCCGUGAGUUUGAAAAAUCCCUUCUCGAGAAUAACAGAACUCAAUGGGAUUGUAGAAGAGUUGUGAUUCAGUACGACUGAUUUAGAGCGAGGCGUUUGAGUUGCGAGUCUUAGGUUUUUGUAAAUCUAAUUUACCAAAUAUCGAGUCUUUUCUCCAUAAGACCAGCAGUUCUAUUUUAUAUAUACAUUUCAUUUUUAAGUUUGCAAAUUUAUAAAUGACGUAUAUAUAAACGUAAAAUAUAAUUCAUUGACAGAAUCACUCGAUUUCGAGAGACAAAUAAGAGUAAUUAUAUACGGCAAAAAAUUAUUACUACCACUUGGAUAGCUAGGUUUCGUUACCGUUAAGAUAUUUUGCUUUAUGUAAAUUCAAGAUUAGUUGAAGUUGGAACAUUGUACGGUGUUCAUUUUUUUUUUUAGUAUUGUGAACGUGAAACAAUUUCGUCAAUUGUGUACUGUAGAGCGUGUGUAACUUUAUAGUCAAUAUUAUAAUAUUUUUAUAUUGUACGUAAUAUAUGGAUUUUUCUUUCUAACUUCCGCCAUA